CUUAUUGUAGAAAGUCCCUUAAACAGAAAAGCUCAAAUUUCAUAUGGGAAGUGACGUUCGAAGAGGAGAUAGGGUCGGUGAGCAGGGAGUUAAGGUCUGGAACAGUCCAAUUUGUCGUUCUCCGGCAGCCACGUUCGUUCGUGCGUUCACGCCAGCUUAAUUUUUUCCGUCAGUAUCUCCUGCGACACAGCCGCAAUCGUCGCAAAACGCGUGCCUGUUUGCGCCACUUUCCAGCAAGGACUAAUUCACACGUGCCGCACUCGAAGACAAUCCCGUUAGCUUUCUAUUGUAGAACAAUGUCAAUACGCUGGUUGACGAUUUUCGUGCUGUUGGCGGGUUUCGUUCUUAGAGAGAGCGAUGGAUUACCGACGCCGCUUAACGCCGAUGCGGAAGGCAAGCAAGGGACAGAUGCUGGUACGAGAGAUGCUAAUCGUCCAAACAUGGGAUCUGAUUUGUUACCUGAAUUCGACAAUUCUGAUGCACCGAAAGUAUCUCAGAAAAUUCCGAUCCUCUUGAGUCAUCGAGAAGCAAAAAGCAUUCGGCAUAAGGAAAACGACGGGAUGUCUUUUGGGAGAAGAGGAACGGAUGAUUUGAUUGCUGCUUUAUCGAAGAUUGCUAAAGUAUCAUUUGAAGAGGAUCCCGCUUCAAUCGGACGAAGUUUAAUGGGAAACGUUGCACGAAAUAAACCCGCGAAUUUACGAAACGGAUUUUCUGCAAAGGAUAGUGGAGCACCAACACCUCAUCUCGAUACACAGCUAUCUUCGAAACUCUCUUCCAGCGGCAUUUCCGACAAUUCAUCAAACAACGGUGGAGAAAAUUUUAACUGUCGAGCUAUACGAGACGUUUAUGUGCCUGAUAUAAAGGAGAACGUUCCUGCGUAUGCAUGCACAUCUGGAGGAAAAACGUUUAUACUCUCGAGUAAGAGAUUUUUCCAAGAUCGUAGGAGUAGCUUGCGCGUCAACAUCGACGACGAUACGCUUCGUAAAUUAAACAACUCUGCCAUCGUUCUCACAAAUAGUCGAUUCAACAUUAUUCCUGCUAUUUUAAUUUUAAAACCCGACCAUGAGACUUACGAUAUACAUAAUCAACAAAGAUUCAUUUUGCGCGAGCAACAAACUGUCGACGAUAAAAAUAAUUAAGUGAGCGCGUAUCUUACACGAUUAAAAACUAGCGAUAUAAUUAAUAAUUAUUAAUUAAAAUAAGAUAUUUAGGGAAUAUUGUAACGAAAUUAUAUAAAUUUUGUGUGUAAAAUUCAAUUAUAAUACAGUACUUUCUUAACAUUUGUUUGAUUUUAGUUAAUGUUAUUUUCGAUAUUAUUUAUAUAUAUCUAUGUACUAUUUAAUUAUUAUUCACAUAAAUAAUUGAU